UUUCGAUAGAAAAAUUGUACGAGGUUCAAUAAAACGAAAUUUCGAAUAGUGUGAAAAGUGUGGAAUUGGUGUGAAGUUGGUUUCAUCGAUUGAAAACAGCAACGCAUUGCCUCGCGCCAUCAACACCAAUACACCACGGCCAUGUGCAUAUGCACGCACACCGAUGCACACACAUUUUAUGAACAGCUGUUGCUGUUCAGUUGCUAUUGGAUUUGAGGCCCAGUUUGUAGUAGUCUCCAAUCUAUGUCGCGUUCAUCAACACACGACUCAGUCUUAGAAUAUACUUGGUGGCGUACGUACAUCACAUACAGCACAGCACAUCUAUAUAUUUAUUAUUAUUUUUUCUUUCUGUUUUCUGUUCGAGUGAUAAGUGAAUCGAAACUUAGGGAUUUCCAUCAAUAAAUUUCAAUUACAGUUGAUAUAAAAUUGACGAAAAAUCGAUCUGAAAUUUUAUGGUGCCGCAAAAACAAACGGAAAUUGUUUAAAUUUUGAGAUUUUCAUUCCCGUUUCGUAUUUGACUGAAGCCAAAAAUUGUGUGAACGAGAGAGAGAGAGAGAGAGAGCGACCAGACACACGUACGUACAGUUGCACAGAGCAAUUUAAACGAGCAACCACGAAGAGAGUGAGCGUGUUCGAAGGAGAGAGAAACAGCACGCGUGUGAGAGAAACAAACAGUGAGAGUGUUGCAGGAGAAUAAAAGAGAACGAAACAUCAAAAAAUGACAAUGAUUUCAAGUUCUCGCUUUAUUGGCGUAUUUACGUUUUAGCCAGCCGCCAUUUUUAUUUUUAUUAUGAACACUUCACAUCGUGUGCUUUUAUUAUUCUCUCCGCAUUCACCACAUAAAUAAAUAAGACACGAAAUUUAUGACGAACAGGAAAAAAAAAUAUUCGUGAAUUUCCAACAACACACAAACACACACGCACACACACACACCAAAGUUGCAAGGAACUGAAGAAAAAUAAAAAAUCUCAGUCGUAUACACAUAGGAAAAAAAAACAGAAAAGAACUGAAGUGAUUUUUCAAACUCAAAAAAUUUUAAAUUUGUGCGGUAGAAAUUUUUUUUGUUUCAGUUGAAAUUCGGUAGUGCGCACUUUCCAAAAUUAGUCGUUUAUUUAAAAUUAAAAACAACUCAUUCGGACCAUUAAUUUUUUUCUGUUGCUGCUGUUGCAUUUGAAUCAUCCGAUUAGUUGAAAUAAAUUAAGCAAACGUUUUGCGAGAGUUGAACGAGAGCGAGAGACAGAGAAAAAAAAACUCUAUGAAUAAAUCACAUGGCCGAAGAGAAAUCGGUUUUCGACACGAAAUUUACAAGUGAUAGUUUCGUAUCAAAAGAUUCUAAUCAUCAAAAUCGAGCGUUGUGAAAGCAACUGAUUUCAAUUAAUCGAAACAACAACUUAAUGACACACUUUGUUUGUUCGUCCGGUGCUAGAUUUAUUUCUUCGUCAAAGUAAAAAACUGAACACAAAUUCAUGAGCAGUGCAUAAAAUUUGGACAAGUAAACGAAUACAAUUUCAAAAAUUAUUUUAUUGUGGUGUGAUUUAUUGUUCCGAAUUGGUAGCCGUGUAAAAUUUUAGUUUUUUUUUGUUGUUUGGCCAAAUUUCACCUGCGACCACAAAAACCGCACACACACACACACACAUACAACAAACGAAGCCAGACAGUCGCAAGUGAUUUUGAAAUUGUCGUAUUCAAUAAAAUAAAAAUCGUAAAAUCAAAACGUCGUAUAGGAAACAAGAACAAAAGCCAAGCACAGUCGUUCCCCCUCCAAUAGUGGCGAUAAUCGAUAACAGGACUCUCUUCUAAACAUCGCGCACAUAGCAUUUAAAUUGACUAGAUAAACAACCGUGAAAUACAAGAAAUACAAAGAAGAACAAUUGAUUACACAAAAUGUCAACACCAAGUAGUUCAGCCGUACGUGCACUAGGAUUAGAAUAUAAAAGUUUGCAAGAGGAGCCCGUCGAAGGAUUUCGUGUCAAACUACUCAACGAUGAGAAUCUAUUCGAAUGGGAAGUAGCUAUAUUCGGGCCACCAGACACACUCUACCAAGGAGGUUAUUUCAAAGCACACAUGAAAUUCCCGCUGGAUUAUCCGUACUCACCGCCAUCAAUACGCUUCUUGACGAAAGUUUGGCAUCCAAAUGUCUACGAAAAUGGUGAUCUGUGUAUCUCAAUAUUGCACCCACCGGUUGAUGAUCCGCAAAGCGGUGAAUUGCCAUGCGAAAGAUGGAAUCCAACACAAAAUGUGCGCACGAUUUUAUUGUCAGUGAUUUCCCUGCUGAACGAGCCAAACACAUAUUCGCCUGCUAAUGUUGAUGCGUCGGUCAUGUACCGCAGAUGGCGUGAUUCUCAUGGCAAGGAUAAUGAAUAUCCAAAUAUCAUCAGGAAACAAGCUCUAGCAGCUAAGGCCGAGGCUGAAAAGGAGGGCAUUGUGGUUCCAUUAACUUUAGAGGAUUAUUGUAUAAAACCAAAAAGUAAACCAAGUAAUCAAGAUCCACCAUUGGACAUGACUGAUUUCUACGACGAAGAUUAUGAUCUCGAUACAGAUGACGAUGAUGAUGAACAAGAAUCCAACGCCUCCGAGUAUGCUGAUGGCGAUGACAGUGGCAACGGCGAAACAUAGAACCCGAACCAUUAAAUCAAAAAAAGAAGAAGAAGAAGAAGAAGAAGGAAAAAAAACAACCAGUUGAAAAUAUUAUUAUUAUUAUUCUUUAUUUUUUGUCUCCACAAAUAUUUUCUCUUUUUUUUGUUUUAAAUUUACGAACUGAAUUCGAACGAACAGACAAAAUUGAUUACAAAUCAAAGCAAUUGAAGUGUUGAUAUCAUUUAAAAGGCAUAAAAACAGGCAACAAAAAAUCACUCAACCUAAAAUUAAAAAAAAAAAAAAACAAACACAUAUUUUAGUAAAUGUAUCAAAACAAAAACAAAAAUCUGGUGACAAACAUUUCAUUUGCAGGAUCUUAACACGUCGACAAAGAAAACAAAAAACUUAUGACGACAGUUUUAAUGAAAAAUUUAUUUAAAAUGACAAUGAUAAAUGGCGCCAUUUGAACGAACGAAUGACAAGCAAAUUUUCAUUUAUAAAAAAAACAUUCGAUUCGAAUUGUUUUUCUUUUCUCUUUUCUACGAUCCGGAUGUGGGGAAGUGAGAAUAUGUGCAAAGAAUGAUUCUCUUGACGAACGAAAGAAAAAAAAAAAGGUUUGCCGACAUUCGAUUCAAUUCACUGCUCAAAAAUGUACACAAUCCAUUUCCCGAAUUGCAAUGGAAUAGAAGGCACACAAUCUACAAGAGAUUAAUUCAUCCGAUAUUUCAGACUCCUUCCCAGUCCCCCCUUCAAGCGAAUAUAGUCCACGGCCGAGUUUCACAAGACAUUUUCUCAGUUGCUUGCAUGAAAUAAUGUGUGUGUGUGUGUAUGUGCGCGUUCGCGAAAGUGAAUUCAAUUGAUGAUCAUGCAUUUCAUUUCAAUUUCUUGCUUGAAACUACAACUAGAAACGCUCGGGUUUACGAGAAAACCGGCGGACACAAUUCUAUAAUAAUGUGAUCAAAUGCAGUCCAUAAGAGAAAAAAAAUUCUUAGAUUUUAUGCAAAUAACGAAAUAUAUGUACUGCAUGCAACUGUCCCACUAUGCAACAAAUUAACUAGCCAGCAAAAUUCGAAUUUUUUUUUCUAUGUUUUUGUCUGUUUCAUUUGAAACGCAGAAAAAAAAUGUAUAUUUUUUUUAAGAAAAAAAAAAAACAAACAAACCCGAAAGAGAAGAAAGAUUAUGAAAAAUUUAUUUUCUUUUAUUUUUUUUUUAAUUAUUCUUUUUAUUUUUAUGAUAACACGCUGUUUAUUUUUUUUUUUUAAUUUUAUUACGAUUUAAGUAAGUUUUAUAGAGUAAUUUUCACUGAAUGUGUGUAUUUUUAUUCUUAAAAAGAAACAGCAAAAAGAAAAGGAAAAUGAAACGGAGUACGUGUCCAGAAAACCGAAGAAAAUGUAUCACAAAAUAGUAGACAGAAUUGUAUUGAAUCGAUGAACGAUGACAACGGAUAGACCAUUUUAGGGAAAAAAGAGACAACAACAAAAAAAAUGAGAAUUAAUUAUAUUUGAACAAGUAGAGAAAGAGAGUGAAAGUGGGUGGAAAUUGAACAUUUGUUUUUUGUGUCUUCGUACACAGCCAAAUUGCAUCGCGUACAUAUUUGCCCCACAUAAUUCCACAGGUUUUUAUUUAUUUAUGCUUUUAAAUUAUUAUUGUAUAUUUUUUGUUGUUGUUCCAUCAAUAUGUAUUAAAGAAAAUGGCAACUCUUCAUGUUCCCAUAAGCAAAAAAAGGUUAAAAGAGAGAAAAAAGUAUCUAUGGAAAAUGCACAGACAUGCACACACACAUACAAACAUUGCCAUCACUCGCCAGAUGACCAAAAUGAACCGAACCGUUUUCUCGUAAUUCGGAAGAAAUUGUGAAUCCAUAAACAAAACAAAAAAAAACAACCAAACCCAACAAACUAGCAACAACUCAUUUUUAUUGUGAAUUUAAUGCAAAAAAGCAAAAAAAAUAAAAAACAAUGAAUUGCAACCGAAUGGCAAACAAACGAGAAACAAUACAACCAUGCACUAAGAAUACCAACUCUACACACACACACACAUCGUUUAGAAUAGACAACCAAGAAUACAUGCAUUGUAGGUUGUCCGUUCAAUCGACAAACCAACAAAUAAACUAAAACAAAUGUGUUAAUUCAUUUGCGAUAAACAGAAAGAAAACAAAGCAACCAAUUCAGAGUCCGUUUUACUUUUCUUCUCUGUUCAAAUGUAGUAGUGAUAUAUACAUUUAAGUGAGAUUACAAUAACUUCAGAAACAAUAAAAAAAACUGCAACUGCAACAACAAAACUUAUAUACGCAACCAUGAAUUUCAACAAAAUGGAUCUAUAGGCAUUAAAACGUUUUAAAAUGGAUGGCCAGCAAAUGGCACAUAGAUUUAAUUAAAUUAUUUGUAGCUUAUGUUGCGACAAAAUCGGAAUUUAUCUCAUCGCAACAUUGAUUAUUUCUCUCUCUCUCUCUCUCUCUCUCUUUUCCGUUCAUUUUUUCUCUCUCUGAUUCAUUUAACAAGUGCAACCGACACAUGUCAAUGGCGGUUUUUUUUAAAAAAAAAAAGUGAAAUUAUAUAGAAAUGAAAUAAAUUGAAAAAAAAAACAUGCAAAUUGUGUUAGGAAUACAAAAAAAUAAUGAAAUAAAUGUGUAUUUAAACAAAACAAAAAAAAAACGGAAAAGAAAACUGAAAAUUAAAAAGAAAACAAAUGCUAAUUCUACUUAUUCCGGAAUGAAUUGCAAGCUGAGACAACCACUCAACCAUUAUAUUUAGGAGGUGAAAUAUCGUUUUCUUCUUUUCUUUCAGUUUCUUUUGUCGAGGAAAAUAACAAUAAAAAUUAUCAUAAUGAAUACGA